AUGGGUGUUAAGCAAUUCAUUAAGAAUCGUUCGAGCCUGCGAAUCGACAACCGUGCAACUACUUCCGCCGCGACUCUCACUCUACGACAGAGUCUGUGGCCGUUGACACUUGUCACGACCUUGUUCUUCCUAUGGGGUUUUGCAUAUGGUUUGCUGGACACCCUUAACAGCCAUUUCCAGAAGACGCUCCAUAUCACCCGAACUCGUUCGGCUGGUCUUCAGGCUGCGUAUUUCGGCGCAUAUCCUCUAGCCUCCCUCGGGUACGCAAACUGGAUCCUCCGUCACUAUGGCUACAAAACCGUCUUCAUCUUCGGUCUGUGCCUGUACGGCGUCGGAGCCUUGUGCAUGUGGCCUGCCGGACUAAACCAGUCCUUCGGUGGCUUCUGCGGUGCAACCUUCGUUAUUGGAUCGGGACUCGGAUCUCUCGAGACCGCCGCUAAUCCCUACCUCACCGUCUGCGGUCCUCCCCGCUACUCUGAGAUCCGUAUCAACUUCGCCCAGGCCUUCAACGCCAUCGGCACAGUCGUCGGCCCCGUCCUGGGCUCUUAUGUCUUCUUCACCGAGACCGAGGACGAUGUCACUGCCCUGCAGCGUGUGCAGUGGGUGUAUCUCGCCAUCGGUAUCUUUGUCUUCUGUCUCGCGGCAGUCUUCUUCAUUUCCAGUAUCCCCGAGGUCACAGAUGAGGAUAUGGCCUUCCAGGUGGCGCAGACUCAUGUCGAUGAACAGGAUAAAUCGUUCUGGAAACAGUACAAGUUGUUCCAUGCGACGUUGGCACAGUUCACCUAUACGGGUGCACAGGUCGCUAUCGCGGGCUACUUCAUCAACUACGUCGCAGACACUUGGCCCGGUACACCAAGCGCCACAUCUGCGAAGUACCUCGCCGGAGCGCAGGGUGCAUUUGCAGUCGGACGAUUCCUCGGCGCCGGUAUCAUGAAGUUCGUCAAGGCGCGUUGGGUCUUCCUGGUCUACUUGACGGGCACAGUGAUAUUCCUCGCUGCAUCAACCACACAGAAGAAAGAAGCUGGUGUCGCCAUGCUCUUCAUGACUCUCUUCUUCGAAUCCGUGUGUUUUCCGACAAUCAUGGCCCUGGGUAUCCGUGGCCUCGGACGCCACUACAAGCGUGGAUCUGGAUUCAUCGUCGCUGGUGUUAGUGGAGGUGCCGUCGUGCCUCCCAUUCUGGGCCAUGUUGCCGAUAUGCGGAAUAACACCGGAUUUGCGUUCAUCAUUCCCACUAUGUUCAUGGUCAUUGCCUGGACCUAUGCCGUUGCUGUGAACUUUGUUCCUGCCUACACCCACACGGUCGAUGCAGUCGGCGAGAGCGACGUUGGUCUCGCGAGCUCGAAUGGAAAGGAUGAGGAGGCUGUCAUCGAGGCUACCGCUAUUGAUGAGAAGCACCAGGCCGUUCAUGUCGAGCGUGAUGCCGUUCCUCUUCAAGAGCUUGGCGCUCAGCGCCAAGCCAAGGACGACCAUGGCAAUACGAAGGGUGUAUUCCAAGUGGACCUUGCGGUGCUCGAGGCUGGUAUUUCACGGGGUUGCGGGAAAUAUGGGAUUAUAGGAUUCGUUCCAUUGAGCAGCGAUGAUCCGAUGGUCUUGCAACAACCGGCAGAAGAUCUCGACUCAAAGAAAGCUCUUUGUUACCAGCACCUGCAUUCAAAGUACCUGCAGGGAUAUGCAAAAAGGUGCAAUCUUACAAAGGUUCUUGGAUUUGACAUAUACAACGUUUUAAAGCAGUGGUAUGAGGAACAUCUCGAAGAUAUUUGUAACCGCCUCAAAAAGCUCGGGUACUGUUAA